UGAAUACUGAAUGGAACGGAUGACGGUUGUUGAGACAGUGAAGGCGCAACGCUGGAGGUAGUAGGGAAGGAGGAGAGCGGCGUUAGAAGAACGUAGCGGCUCGCUACAGGGUCUUUGAACGCGGCUCACCUGCCGGGAAAUACCAGUUCGACUUAGUAAAAUAGAAAGUGUGUCUUCAUUACGUGCCGAUAGUGUGCCGGUAGGGUUCAAGUGUUGUGAUUAUCUCCUACUGCCUGCAGUGGUUUGAUGUUAUAUGCUUAUUUAUCGGCAUUGUGCACGUUGCGGAAAUUAGCGACCAAAGAAAAAUUUUCUUGCCGGUUCAAGAUCUUAGCCAUCUACGAUGAACAGCUACAUGGAAAUAACUUUGCCAAAUUACUCAUACGUGUUUAACUUCGAAGAAGAAUUUGAGCACCAGGACACUAGAGUAUGGAUGACAAAAAACUGGACCAAUGGAUUUUAUUACUGCGGGAUUUAUAUGAUAUUCAUUUUCGUUGGUCAGCAUUAUAUGCAGAGCCGCCCACGAUUCGAGCUUCGUGGGAUUCUAUCUUUGUGGAAUACAAUGCUCGCAGCUUUUAGCAUAAUCGGAGCAUGCCGAACAGCCCCAGAAUUUUUUCAUGUGCUAAAGAAUUACGGUCUGUAUCACUCCGUGUGUAUUCCAAGCUUCAUUGAGCAGGACAGAGUGUCUGGCUUCUGGACCUGGAUGUUUGUGCUAUCAAAACUACCAGAGCUUGGAGACACAGUGUUCAUUGUGUUACGAAAGCAGCCUCUGAUUUUUCUUCAUUGGUACCAUCAUAUUACAGUUUUACUGUAUUCUUGGUACAGUUACACCGAGUACACUGCCUCAGCAAGAUGGUUUAUUGUGAUGAACUACUUUGUGCAUUCGGUAAUGUACUCCUAUUAUGCACUGCGAGCUAUGGGUUACAGACCUCCACGUCAGUUGGCGAUGGUGGUAACUACACUACAGUUAACUCAAAUGAUAAUUGGCUGUGCAGUAAAUAUUUGGGCACACCAGAUCCUUGAGGCAGGGCAGCAAGAGUGUCACAUUUCACGCACAAAUAUAAAGCUUUCUAUAGCGAUGUACUUCAGUUAUUUCGUUUUGUUUGCAAGGUUUUUCUACAAGACAUACAUUGAUGGUGGGCAUAAGUCAAAGGUUACAACAACAAAUGGCAUAGCUUCUGCAAAGUAUAUAGGAAGCAAAGCCAAGGUACAGUAAUGUGUAAUGUCUUGCUUUGACAUGUUUGCUCUUUGGCCUAUAAAUGUCGAGUGACAGAUGUGUUCUUAAAAAUAAAUGGCUGUGUAGUUUGCUACACACAAAUUCUGUGCUUUUCAAAUUUAAAGGCAUUGUUCCAUAAAGGAAAGGCAAAUGUAAACACAUCUAAAUUGCCAGAGGAAUAUAAAUUAGUCUAGUUGUUUACAAUAGUAUGUACUGAGGAAAUAUGGCUGUUAUGAUUGCAGCUUAGAAAUUUUUGGGCCUAUUGAAGAUACUGACAGUUACGGAACCCAUUUGCAUUUAAAUGAAACAUUCUCAUUCCUCAGGGAACUAAGCUCAUUAUAUUUACCUUUCCUUUCUUGGAACGUAGUGUGCUGUGUGCUUUAUUGUUGCUUAUUUAUUGAAGGACUCUUGUGUUGGAAGUAUUGUUGAAGUGUGGAAAAAACAGAAUUGAAUAAUUCUGGUUGAAUAUGGACACUGUCAUACCAGUUGUCUUCUACAACUGUUGUAUAAUUUCUGCCAAACAUUCCUUCCCUGCUGAAGUUCAGGGAGUUGUGUAAUAAAAUCAGAAAUUCCUGUGCGUUCUAUUUUAUACAAAUGUUUUUUGUUGUAUUGUUUAUCUUUUAUAAGAAAUUUGUUUAAAUGUUUGAGUGCUGGUGACACUCAGAAAUUGUUUUUGUUUUACAGAAUUGAUAGCUGUGCAUUUCUGUACACUGUAUUUGUCAUCUGUAAGAUGUGUGAGAAACUGAAGCCAAAUUAAAUAA